AUGGCUGUAUCAUCAUCGGCUCGAUCCGUACUGACAUCAGAUGAUUUUUGCGCCAUUCAUAAGCUCUGCAACUGUUUUACUCAAACGUUCGAAUAUCUGGGAGAUGUGUUUGUCAGUGCAUUCUCCACUCGGCGUAGCUCGUUGGCUGUUGGAACUGCCUUAAUGCACAUAUUCAAAGAACACGACGCUAAAACUAAAGUACCUCAACGUCUCAUCCUGCUCUAUCUCUUAUACAGAGUGGAAGAUUUGGAUAUAGCGUUGGACAGACAUAAACAAACAGUUGAAGACCAAAUCGACGAUAUUCUAUGGCAUCCGUUCCUGGUCUUCUUCGUUUCUUUACUGGAUUGUGAAAAAGAGACUCGUUCCAUGGAUCUUGCGAAUGAUCUCUUUGAAGCGCAUUCGAAAGCAAAUCUUUAUGAGCGUUACUUGUUGGGUUGUCUACUGAAUGGUGAACACAACAGUGUGGCGUCGAGGAAUGUGAACGACUUGAUUCAGAUUGUUUAUCAUAAAGUUGAUGAGGAAUCUGAAGAUUUUUGUAUGAAAAUGGUCGAGUUGGAUCGUUAUAAAGCAGCACUGAAACAACGUCAAGCCAACUAUUCGGCAUUGGUGAAUGCAUCCAUACCAGCUCUCAUCAAACUGCCAGAUGCAACAAGAGAGUACAAUGACGAAAUGGCAUUCAAGAAAUCGUUGUUGAGUAUAGCGUGUAAUCCGUUUAUGACUGACUUGUUGCCACCAGCAUUUCACCGUGUGACACCCACUCUGAUGCCGCCAUCUGACGAUGAGUUUCAAUUCCUUUAUCCGUUCCUGUUGGAGCCAUUGUGGAUGGAUGCCGAGACGUUGAAACCAGACGCAAAUGUGCCGAGUUUAGCGGAUGCGAAUGCGGAUCGUAACGCCGAGCAAAACGUCGACCAAGCAAUUAUUAUUAGUGAUGGAAAAAAACUGAAAUCGUCAGCAUCAUCUCAGUCACUGAAGUCAUCGGACAAAAGCAAAGUGUCGGAUGAUGAGAGCAGCGCAUCUAAAACCAACGACCACUCGUCGCAGACACUACAACCUUGUCAUCAAACAGCGCCAAAAGCAAUCAAAAAUCUAUCGGAUCCACGCAAAAAAUGGGGUAACUCGUUGCCAUCCUCACCAAAAACAUUGAUCGGCACCGAAGACACUGAUGAAGCAUCGAACACCGUAUCGCCUGCUUAUCAUCGUUCAUCACGUACCGUCUCACUCAGUUCACUGCCUUAUCAACGAAGUAGCAGUGUGGACACGGCUAAAACAUGUGCGACCGACGAGAAUAUUCUAACGGUAGAGUCGUCCAACACUUCAAUGGUAUCGAGCGUGUGCAGUGAGAAAGAAAAAGACAAAAGGCCACCGUUAACGCACGCUGAAGCAGUGGAGUUGGUGAAGAAGUCACUCGUGUCAGUAUUGGGAAGAAUCGAGGCACAACGCUUAUCUGAAGCGAUCGCAGCCGAUGGCAGUGUUGCGGAUCUAGUCAAUAUACCAAUCACACAGUAUCCCAAAUUCAUCGAUGAAAAUCCAGCAGUGGCUGCAGCUGUUAUUGUGAGACGAGUGAACAAGAAUGCCGGAGAACUUGAAGCGUUUUUCGAUCUGCUGUUGAGUAUGAAUCUAUCGGUGCAAGGAAUGGAGGUCGUCAACAAACUGUGCUCGCAAAGUAAGUUCCCGCAAGAGUAUUUGAACUCGUAUAUAAUGAUGUGUGUGUCGAGGUGUCAAGACCAGAAGCAGUCUUCGUUGCAAUGCCGUCAGGUGCGCAUGGUUUGUGUGUUUUUGUCGUCGUUGAUUCGCAACAGCAAUUGGGAUGUUCAUCCGUUAGCAGUUGAACUGCAAAGUUUUGUGUUGAAAUUCAAUCAUGUUCGUGAGGCGGUGUCCCUUUAUCAAGCCAUUCUCGUCGCGUUACAACCACCACCUGAAAGUGCGACCAACAGCAGUAGUAGCAGCAAUUUCAUGACUGCAACAACAAUAACCAAUACUGUGGCGCAAUCCAGCACAAGUGGUUCAGCACAAGACUCUAAUAUUAGUGCCACAUGCGAAUCACCAGUUUCGUGA